GCAAUGGAGGAUGCGAACCUAAGAAAUGGUUCUCUCUUCAAAUACCAUCCCAUGCUACCCCACCACCGCCUUCUGAGAACCACGUGGGGAAAACUAUUUCCCACCUCCCACCCCGACUGGCGCUGGUUGAGGCUCGUCCCUGGAGCAUGCGCAGUGGUAUUUUACCCCCACCCCUCCCCACACCCCCACCGGGCUCCUGCAUUAAGCCCCGGGUUCUCAGCCGCUGCCGGGAUCGGGCACCCGGGGGCAGACGGGCCAGGCAGGACCAUGGCCGAGGGCGAGGACAUGCAGACCUUCACUUCCAUCAUGGACGCGCUGGUCCGCAUCAGUACGAGCAUGAAGAACAUGGAGAAGGAACUGCUGUGCCCAGUGUGCCAAGAGAUGUACAAGCAGCCGCUGGUGCUGCCCUGUACCCACAACGUGUGCCAGGCCUGUGCCCGCGAGGUGCUGGGCCAGCAGGGCUAUGUAGGCCACGGUGGGGACCCCAGCUCCGAGCCCACGUCUCCUGCCUCCACCCCUUCCACCCGCAGCCCCCGCCUGUCCCGCAGAACUCUCCCUAAGCCAGAACGCUUGGACCGGCUGCUGAAGUCAGGCUUUGGGACGUACCCCGGGCGGAAGCGAGGUGCUUUGCACCCCCAGGUGAUCGUGUUCCCGUGCCCAGCCUGCCAGGGCGAUGUGGAGCUGGGGGAGCGGGGCCUGGCAGGCCUGUUCCGGAACCUGACCCUGGAGCGCGUGGUGGAGCGGUACCGGCAGAGUGUGAGUGUGGGUGGCUCCAUCCUGUGCCAGCUGUGCAAGCCCCCGCCGCUGGAGGCCACCAAGGGCUGCACCGAGUGCCGUGCCACCUUCUGCAACGAGUGCUUCAAGCUCUUCCACCCCUGGGGCACCCAGAAGGCCCAGCAUGAGCCCACCCUGCCCACCCUCUCCUUCCGCCCCAAGGGCCUCAUGUGCCCAGACCACAAGGAAGAGGUGACCCACUACUGCAAGACAUGCCAACGUCUGGUAUGCCAACUCUGCCGAGUGAGGCGCACCCACAGCGGGCACAAGAUCACCCCGGUGCUCAGCGCCUACCAGGCCCUCAAGGACAAACUGACAAAGAGCCUGACAUACAUCCUAGGAAACCAGGACACAGUCCAGACCCAGAUCUGUGAGCUGGAGGAGACCUUGAGGCACACUGAGGUGAGUGGUCAGCAGGCCAAGGAGGAGGUGUCGCAGCUGGUGCGGGGUCUGGGCGCUGUGCUGGAGGAGAAGAGGGCGUCGCUGCUUCAGGCCGUAGAGGAAUGCCAGCAGGAGCGGCUGGCCCGCCUCGGCGCCCAGCUCCAAGAGCACCGGAGCCUCCUAGAUGGCUCAGGCCUGGUGGGCUACGCCCAGGAGGUCCUUAAGGAAACAGACCAGCCUUGCUUUGUGCAAGCAGCCAAGCAGUUACAUAACAGGAUCGCUCGGGCGACAGAGGCCCUCCAGAUGUUCCGGCCAGCUGCCAACUCCUCCUUCCGCCAUUGCCAGCUGGACGUGGGGCGAGAGAUGAAGCUGCUGACAGAGCUGAACUUCCUUCGAGUGCCCGAGGCUCCGGUCAUCGACACGCAGCGCACCUUCGCCUACGACCAGAUCUUCCUGUGCUGGCGGCUGCCCCCGCACUCGCCGCCUGCCUGGCACUACACCAUUGAGUUCCGGCGCACAGACGUGCCUGCCCAGCCGGGCCCCGCCCACUGGCAGCGGCGGGAGGAGGUGAGGGGCACCAGUGCCCUGCUGGAGAACCCCGACACCGGCUCCGUGUACGUGCUGCGUGUCCGCGGCUGCAACAAGGCUGGCUAUGGCGAGUACAGUGAGGACGUGCACCUGCACACCCCCCCAGCGCCCGUCCUUCACUUCUUCCUCGACGGCCGCUGGGGCGCCAGCCGGGAGAGGCUGGCCAUCAGCAAGGACCAGCGGGCGGUGCGCAGCGUGCCCGGGCUGCCCCUGCUCCUGGCCGCCGAGCGGCUGCUCACUGGCUGCCACCUGAGUGUGGACGUGGUCCUGGGCGAUGUGGCCGUGACUCAGGGCCGCAGCUACUGGGCCUGCGCCGUCGACCCAGCCUCCUACCUGGUCAAGGUGGGCGUCGGGCUGGAGAGCAAGCUUCAGGAGAGCUUCCAGGGCGCCGCCGAUGUGAUCAGCCCCAGGUACGACCCGGACAGCGGGCACGACAGCGGGGCCGAGGAUGCCACGGUGGAGGCGUCGCCGCCCUUCGCUUUCCUCACCAUCGGCAUGGGCAAGAUCCUGCUGGGCGCCGGGGCCAGUGCCAGCGCAGGGCUGACGGGGAGGGACGGCCCGGCCGCCGGCUGCACCGUGCCCCUGCCCCCCCGCCUGGGCAUCUGCCUGGACUAUGAGCAGGGCCGGGUUUCCUUCCUGGACGCGGUGUCCUUCCGGGGGCUCCUGGAGUGCCCCCUGGACUGCUCGGGGCCCGUGUGCCCCGCCUUCUGCUUCAUUGGGGGGGGUGCUGUGCAGCUGCAGGAGCCCGUGGGCACCAAGCCCGAGAGGAAGGUCACCAUCGGGGGCUUCGCCAAGCUGGACUGACGGUCUCCGGCCCCCCGAGGCCCUGGCCCUCUGAGCUUCCUGGAGCCGGGUGAUCCCUCCGGCAGCUUUCCCCUCAGCCUCUUCCUACCAGGUGGUCCUAUCCUUCCCCCCGUGUCUGUGUCUCCCCAGGGCCUUCUCUUGACCAAGGGACACUCCCCCGCUCACCUCUCUGGCUGACCGCCACUUCUCCACUGCCUGUUCAUCCAGACCCCACCCCACCCAGUUCCUGCUCCAUCCUCUGCCCGUGGCAUCCCACCACGUCAUGGGAGAGCCCUGCCCCCACCCCGGCCCGUUCUCCCCAGCACUCAGGCCAAUGGGCAGGGAGCUCCCGGAACACCGGGCAUGAUCCCCGCUCUACCCUCUGCCCUGCCGAGCUGCCUGCCCACCGAUGCUGACCGAUGGCCUUAGCGUGGGCAGGCUUUGCCGACCCUGCCUAGGCAUUCCCGGGAGGGGCAGAGGACCCUCUCCUGUGUGUGUGUGGGUCCCCGUGCCCUGCAGCCGCAUGCCCGUAGCCCCUCUCCCUCUUGCAUGCUUCCUUUGUCCCGCACCCGCACCCGCACCCACGCAGAUGUGCGGCGGCUCCCUUUGGGGCCACACGCAGGUUGGAUGUCCCCAUUGGGUUGGGCCAGGCAAGACCUGGGGCCCACUGCUGCCCCCCUGUGGUAGGGACUGCGAGGCCUGUGCCAAGCAACAGCUGUCAUUUUCAUGGUUUAUACACAAUAAACUGUGAUGCCGGGCACAUCUCCGCCUUCCCUGAGCCCGACCAUU